CAUCAGCGCCCAACUGAAAUCGUACGGUACAGAGAACAGUAAUUCUAAACCCUGCGAUGUGUCGCACCGGCGUAGCGUAGUUUAACCUAGCUGCGAGAUUCUAUCUUGCGCAGUUAGAAAUGUCCCUCAAAACCUAGGCAACCGAAUUCCAGUUCCAAUUGUUUUUUCAUUUUCAUUUCCAUUUCCAUUCCCCCGUCUCGCUUUCUCUCUCUUGAAGGCCAAAUCCCCACAGUCUCUUGCGGUUACAGCCUUACAGGUUCCAUUGUUUAUGUCUUUUAUUGGUUUAUCCUCUACUUAUCUGCUAUUUCCUAAAUUUUUAAGCUUAAUGUAGUUUCAGACUAUCAAUCACAGCAAACGCAUGUACAAUUUCACCACAGUCUUUAGAAUCUAGGGUUUAAAUAGCUGUUCUUUGUACGGAACUUCAAUAAAGAAUGCUCUGUGACUGGGUAUCGUAUCUUGGUAUUCUCGGUAUUCUUCUUGUCUGAUUGCUGCCUUAUGGUUAUGAAUCUUGGUUCUAAUGGGUAAUGUUGAGAUACCCAUUUGGCUAAAAGGGUUGCCAUUGGCUCCCGAAUUUCGCCCAACGGACACUGAAUUUGCUGACCCAAUUGCUUAUAUAUCCAAAAUUGAGAAAGAAGCUAGUGCAUUUGGUAUAUGUAAAGUCAUUCCUCCAUUGCCGAAACCUUCAAAAAGAUAUGUGAUUUCUAACUUGAACAAGUCAUUAUCAAAGUGCCCGGAAUUGGGUUCUGAUGUAAAUGCCUCAACUGUUUGUUCUUCGGCAAAGAUGGGUUCUGGGGAUGGGGACGCUGAUGGGGAGGCUCGUGCUGUAUUUACGACAAGACACCAAGAAUUGGGUCAAAACCUGAAGAGAACUAAGGGAGUAGUUCAGCCGCAAGCGGGGGUUCAUAAGCAAGUGUGGCAAAGUGGAGAGAUUUAUACAUUAGAACAGUUUGAAUCUAAGUCAAAGGCUUUCGCACGGAAUCUAUUGGGUAUGAUUAAGGAGGUUUCUCCAUUAGUAGUGGAGGCAAUGUUUUGGAAGGCAGCAUCCGAGAAGCCGAUUUAUGUGGAGUAUGCAAAUGAUGUGCCAGGGUCUGGUUUUGGAGAGCCAGAGGGUCUUUUUCAAUAUUUUCAUGGGAGGAGGAGGAGGAGGAGGAGGACAUUUGGUCGAUAUUGUCGAGGAAGAGCUGAUUGUGAGAAACAUAUAGCAGACAGUGUAAGGGAUUCCCAUAGUAAUGAAAAUAAAGAUGCAGCCACCAAGAAUAAUGUAAGUCCAUCUUUACCGACAUCCAAGUCAUGCACUAGUUUACCAAUCAUGUCAUCAGAUGAAACUUCACGCCAAAAGAAUUUAAAUGGUAGUAAUGAGAUGGAAGGUACUGCUGGUUGGAAGCUUUCAAACAGUCCUUGGAACCUACAAGUAAUUGCACGCUCCCCAGGUUCACUUACACGUUUUAUGCCAGAUGAUAUCCCAGGUGUUACUUCUCCCAUGGUUUAUAUUGGUAUGUUGUUCAGCUGGUUUGCUUGGCAUGUUGAAGAUCAUGAGCUUCACAGCUUGAAUUUUCUUCACACUGGCUCUCCAAAGACUUGGUAUGCAGUCCCAGGAGAUUAUGCAUUUGCUUUUGAGGAAGUCAUUCGUUCGCAGGCUUAUGGAGGAAAUAUUGACCGUUUAGCUGCUCUCACACUCUUGGGCGAGAAGACAACUCUUCUAUCACCAGAAGUAGUUGUUGCAUCGGGAAUUCCUUGUUGUAGGCUGAUACAGAACCCUGGAGAAUUUGUUGUGACUUUUCCAAGGGCUUACCAUGUAGGAUUCAGCCAUGGUUUCAAUUGUGGUGAAGCUGCAAACUUUGGAACUCCACAAUGGCUUAAAAUAGCAAAAGAAGCUGCGGUGCGCAGGGCUGCUAUGAGUUAUCUCCCCAUGCUGUCUCAUCAGCAGCUGCUAUACCUGUUGACCAUGUCUUUUGUUUCAAGAGUGCCACGGUCCUUAAUACCAGGGGCUCGGAGUUCUCGUCUGAAAGAUCGCCAGAAGGAAGAAAGAGAACUGUUAGUAAAGCAGGCGUUUAUAGAAGAUAUGUUAAAUGAAAAUAAUCUAUUAUCUGUUCUUCUUGGGAAAGGAUCAACCUACCGUGCAGUGUUGUGGGACCCUGAGUCACUACCGUCUUCUAAAGAGCCUCAGUUGUCCACUGAGAUCACCACUGUUUCUACCAAACCAAGAGAAAAUAUUUCUCAGGUUGAGAACAAGGACGAUAGCAAUCAGAAUGAUUUGUUUGACAAGAUGAGCUUGUAUAUUGAAAAUGUAAAUGAUUUAUAUUUGGACGAUGAUGAUUUGUUGUGUGAUUUCCAAGUCGAUUCGGGGACUUUGGCAUGUGUGGCUUGCGGGAUUCUUGGUUUUCCAUUUAUGUCAGUGGUACAGCCAUCUGAUAGAGCAUCAAUGGAAUUUCUUCAUGCAGAUCAUCCUCUGGUUGAAGAUCGAGCUGGAGAUACAGAAACUAUGAAAUCUUACUGUCCGUCAACCGUUCAUGGCACUUCUAAAGGUCCCGUUUCAGGUACACAAGUUGACAAAGAUGAAACAACCAAGGAGGAAAUAUCUUCUGCUAUCCUGAUGACCGAAAACCUGAAGUGUAGGAAAGAUUUGAAGUUGAUAAAAGAUGGAAAGGAAUCCUCAAUAGAUGCUAACAGUUUAUCAUCCGAAGUAACUGAGAGCAUCAAGCUGGACAAGUGCACUUCACUUCAGCAUCCAACUGGGGCCUCUUCAAAUACAGCCUUGGACCAAUCCAAGCUUCAUUCUGCAGGGGAUCUUCCUCCUGUUCCUGAUCUUUCUCUGCCUCCUGAGAGCCUGCAAAUGACCUUAAUAACCAAUUUUGAGAAGGGGUGGAAUAAGUCUACUGAACUUUUGAGACCGCGGAUUUUCUGCCUAGAGCAUGCUGUUCAAAUUAAGGAGUUGCUGCAGCCCAAAGGUGGAGCAAGCAUGCUUAUAAUUUGCCAUUCAGACUAUCAAAAAAUAAAGGCACAUGCCACAACUGUUGCAGAGGAAAUUGGUCACCCUUUUAAUUAUAAUGAGAUUCCUUUAGAUACUGCCUCCCAGGAAGAUCUGAAUUUGAUCAAUCUAGCAAUCGAUGAUGAAGAACAUGUUGAAUGUGGAGAAGACUGGACCUCGAAAUUGGGUAUCAACUUGCAGUACUGUGUUAAGAUCAGAAAGAACUCCCCAUCUAAGCAAGUACCACAUGCGUUGGCCUUGGGUGGUUUGUUCACUGACACAACUUCCAGUUCUAAUUUCUUGAGCCUCAAGUGGCAGUCCAGGAAAUCUCGCUCAAAAUUGAAGUCAAAUCUUCCAUCCCAUAUCAAACCAUGUGAGAGUAAUCAAAUGAAGGAGGUUGAAGUUAUGGAAGGAAAGUCAGUUGGUAGCACAAUUAGAAAAGAAGAUAAACUUAUUCAAUAUUCUCGAAGAAUUUUCAAGUUUAAAUCAGGUGGUGCUGAAGGAGCAAGUAGGGCUCGUGGACGCCCUAGAAAGAACCUGCCAAAAGACGUUUCAGCUACUAGUUGUGAUAUUGUCAAAAAUAUCAGCAGGACAUCUAAUAAUAGUCCGAAUAUUGAAAAAGAGGGAGGUGAAUCUGCAGGGUUGGAUUUCUAUGCUUCUUUUGGAAAAUCUGAAAUGCUGCAUGAAGUCCAGGUGCUCGAGGCAACUGAGGAUUUGAGCAAGAAUGCUGUUCCUGCACAGGUUAUAAAUCCACUUGUCACUGCUACCCCAGUGGUUAAAAGUGUUGAGGCACGGAUUAAUAAUCAAACUUUGGAGGAUGAGGCAUGUAAUUCAGUGACCUGUGAUGGUUCUGAGAUGCCACUUGAGAUUAAUAUCACUGAGGUAACUGGUGAGAAAAACAAGAUCUUGGGCGCUGAAAAUGAUUCAACUCUACCUAUCAUUUCCGUCCCAACUGUUGAAAAAUCUGGAAUUCAAAUGGAUCAUCAAAUUAUGGAGGAAGUCAACAUGACAAAUGAGCCUGGUAAUUUGACUGAGUAUAAUUCUGAAGGACAGCAUGGCAUCCAGGGUGAUGGGGAUGUGUUGAUGAAUGGAGUUUCUGAUUGUGACAACUUUACAAGUUCCCAUGGCCCAGUUGGGGAAGGUUUUGAUGCGCAGAUAGAGAAUGUGGUUAUAGAGGAAUCUUGCACGAAUGGUGAGAUAGGUGAAUGCAUGAUUUUGGAUAAUGAAGCAUCAGAGCAGGGAAUCCUGAUUGCAGAUGGAAGUGGUGAUGAGGAACACAUUUUAAGCAAUGUUGCAAUGACAAACCAGCCUCCUCCUCCCUCAACGGUAGAGAGUUCAGAAAUUCCAAGAGAGAUCUGUCCUGUGGAAGACUUGAGCAAUGGUGCUGAGGUUUGUUCUUCACCAGACAUCAGAGAAUUGGAAAACAUCGACUCCAAGGUUUGUUCUUCACCAGACAACAGAGAAUUGGAACAUAUUGACUCCAAGGUCUAUUCUUCACCUGACAAUAGGGACUUGGAAAACAUGGACUCCAAUAAGGUGAACCCCAAAUCAACCAAAAAAGCGGAGAGAAAAAGAAAGCGAGAAGGGGGGCAGAAAACAGAAGACAAAUUCAACUUUGAUAGCUUUAUUAGGAGUCCAUGUGAAGGGUUGAGGCCAAGGGCCAAGAAAGAUGGUAGCAGUGGGGCUGACACUAACAAACCGGUUGUGGAGAAGCCAAUGGCCAAAACGAGAAAACCUGCAGAUACAUCAGGUCCCCACAAGGAUAAGAAAGAAAACACAAAGGGGUCACACAGGUGUGACCUAGAAGGGUGUCGGAUGAGUUUCAAGACAAAGGCAGAGCUACUCCUUCACAAGCGCAACAGGUGCCCACAUGAAGGGUGUGGGAAGAAGUUCAGUUCCCACAAGUAUGCGAUGCUUCAUCAAAGAGUUCACGACGAUGAGAGGCCACUCAAGUGCCCGUGGAAGGGUUGCAGCAUGUCAUUCAAGUGGGCGUGGGCGAGGACAGAGCAUGUACGGGUGCACACUGGAGCGCGGCCAUACCAAUGCAAGGUGGAGGGGUGUGGGCUCUCAUUCAGGUUUGUAUCGGAUUUUAGCCGGCAUAGACGGAAAACAGGUCACUAUGUGAACAACACACCCAAGUGAGAUGGAUGUUACAUCCUUGUAAUUGUAUUAUUCUCGGUUGGGCAUUAAUAGGUUAGGGAUAGGCUGAUCCCUUUGUUAGUUGGGGGGGGCUGGGGCUGGGGCAAUGGCCAAUGUGGCAUUCUCAAAUCAACUGAAUGCAUCAUUGUAGUUGGGUUUUGAGUGUUCAGUUCACCUUCUGAUUAUUUUUAUUUUAUCUGCUCUACACUGUUAGAAACUUGGAUUUGCCCAAAUGUCUUCAACAGGCUGGAUAGUGAUGAAAGCAAGCCACCGCUCUCACCAAAUUGGUGGGUCCUCUUAGGAAUCGUUGUCUUGUAAGAUCUGGAUGUUCUGGAUGGUUCCAUGCUGUGUGGACUCACAAAUGGAAGUUACUCAUUUACAUUAUUAUCUUGUGUAAGUAGUAAUCAGAUGGGCCCCUUUAACAA